UUAUGGACUCCUGAAUACUGUUUUCUCUUUCCAAGUGAUGUUUUUUUUUCAAGUUGGAUUUUCCUGCAUUUCUUUUUUUUUUUUUUUUUUUUAAACAAGAGGAAUAUACUUGAUGUGGGGCUUCAUCACAAUAAUUCACUUUUCUUUUUUCCUUUGAGCUUUGAUCACUCACUCACACACAGAGUCGUCUGCUCCAUGUAGUGUUGCGUGGGCGAGGGGCCUACCUGGAUUAGUCUGAGCGUACAUGUUCGUGGGACAGAUUCACAGAAGGGAGAGACUGAAAGAGAGAAUAAAGUGAAGACGAGAGCAGGAAGAUGUACCUGUACAAAGCAACGUGCCCGGAGAUCCCCAACCCGAAGCAGAAGGGGUCCAGGGGUCAGGGUGGGGUUCAGACUCAAGGCCCCGGCCAGGGAAGGCUCAUCAGUCAGACGUCCACAAGGACGGGGCCUCGACCCUAUGCUCCUUUGAUGUUGUGGACGUCAAACAAGCCCAACAGUGUGGUGGAGCUCAAACAGCUGGAGGAGUUUCUGAACUUCCACUCGUUGUAGCUGCACGACACAGUGAAGAGUGAGACAGGCAUGGUCUACAGGAAUCUGGGAAAGUCAGGACUUAGAGUAUCUUGCUUAGGACUGGGUACAUGGGUGACAUUCGGAGGACAGAUAACAGACGAGGUUGCAGAACAGCUAAUGACCAUUGCGUAUGAGAGUGGAGUCAACCUGUUCGACACAGCUGAGGUCUACGCAGGCGGCAGGGCCGAAAUCAUUCUAGGAAACAUUAUCAAGAAGAAGUGCUGGAGGCGAUCCAGCUUGGUCAUUACAACUAAACUCUACUGGGGAGGAAAAGCAGAGACGGAGAGAGGACUGUCAAGAAAACACAUUAUUGAAGGUCUGAAAGGUUCUCUACAAAGGAUGCAGCUGGAGUAUGUGGAUGUAGUUUUUGCCAACCGCCCAGACAGCAAUACUCCCAUGGAGGAGAUUGUUCGGGCCAUGACCUAUGUGAUCAAUCAAGGCAUGGCAAUGUACUGGGGGACGUCUCGGUGGACGGCCAUGGAGAUCAUGGAGGCGUAUUCGGUGGCAAGACAGUUUAAUCUGAUCCCUCCUGUCUGUGAGCAGGCUGAGUAUCAUCUCUUCCAGAGGGAGAAGGUGGAAGUGCAACUGCCUGAACUUUACCACAAGAUAGGAGUUGGGGCGAUGACGUGGUCACCUCUGGCGUGUGGCAUCAUCACAGGAAAAUAUGAAAAUGGCAUUCCUGAGUCCUCCAGGGCCUCCAUGAAGUCGUAUCAGUGGCUAAAGGAGAAAAUAGUAAGUGAAGAUGGAAGGAAGCAGCAGGCCAAGCUGAAAGAGCUGAACCACAUCACUGAAAAGCUAGGCUGCACUCUGCCUCAACUGGCUGUGGCGUGGUGUUUAAGAAAUGAAGGAGUGAGCUCAGUCCUUCUGGGAACAUCCAACCCUGAACAGCUCACAGAAAACCUCGGGGCCAUACAGGUCCUUCCUAAGAUGACCUCUCAUGUGGUGUCUGAGAUCGAUCACAUCCUGAGCAACAGGCCGUACAGUAAGAAGGACUACCGCUCUUAGACCAGACUGGUGGACUACCGAGAGGUCAGCUGAACCUACCUACUUAACCAUACUGCUACCAUGGACCCACCAUUCAAUGUUAAAAGUCCAUGGUUCUCUCCUUGGGCCCCACUCAGCUCCAGCUCCAGCCCACCUCAGCCUGGAACAGACAGCUUUGCUAAGCCCAGCAUCGCAUCUCUGUUUGAGACUUGUCCUACUCAGAUCAGGUCUACCAGGUUCAUCUCAGGUGCAGUCCAGCUCAGCCAAGAAACGCUUAACAAACUCAGCUUUUUGCAGCCUCAAAUGCAACUUGAUCCAUUUGAUUGAAUUGAAACUUUGUGCUACCCCGACCAAGGUGUUACCCUGAUUGGUACCGGCCCAUUCAGAUAUAACUAUGCAGAGCUUAGCCUAUCCCAUGUUAGCGUUGUUAGAUCCAGUGCCAUGCUGACAUCAUUUAGAGUACUCCAUCCUGGUUUAACCUCAUUCCAGCUGCCUCGUUUAGAAAUUUAAUGAGUUUAAUUGAUAUUUCAUCUUAAAGUAGAUGGCAAGGUACGCAACUACAGCUCCUCAUUUUUUAGAGAUAUCCAGCUUUACACUUCACUUACAGUUGUAGAUAAACACAGGAAGUAACUACUGUACAGGAGUAUUUAAAGUAAAAGUGCCUUGCUCAAGGGCAUCUUGAUAGUAGUUGGUGAGUGAGACAGCUCCAUUACUUAUUCACUUUUCCCACUCACAUACUCCCAGCUCAGCAGAUGACUCAGACCCUCGAGUCUCAAGCCUUCCCCUCCAGUGUCCAGACUUCCACCCACAAGUAAUUUAAUUUGAGCACAAAAUUCAUAUUGAGCACAUGUUUUAUUUAUGAGAAUUACUGUACCAUAGCUGAAUACAUCAGUGCAAGCACCUCAGACUUAUAAAAUUAGAGGUACCUCAGGAAAGUGGACAUGAAGACGCUUCAGUUGCAUGAACAGCCCCCUGUCAGUUAGGUUGGUCAGUGCUUUCAUUAAAUUGCUAUGCAGUGCAGCAAACAAAACAACCAUCAUGGGAUAAAAUGUCUUGUUUUCCCCGUGAAAUGCGACGUUUGGCAAUGACGAAGUGAGCUGCUCCUGAAAAAAGAGCUUUAUGAAUGAGGCCUCAACAAAGUGGUUCCCUGUUAGCUUGAAUUAGCUGCUUUCAACUACCUACCAAAUGUAUCCAGUCCUGUAUUCAGUUUAGUACAGAAUAGUGUUCAGUAGAUAUUAUAAGCAACAAAUCCUGAGCGUAUUAACCAAUAGAUGCAUGUUUCCCCAGCUAUAGUGUGCCUCUCUUUCCCUUUUCUACAAAGCACAUAAUUAAACAACAAAAAGGAGUCUGAUCAAAAAAUACUGCAAUCUUGUCUGCUGUCCGUGAGCCCCUGUGAAGCAGAGGAUUAAGGGACGUCAUGUGUCAGUGGGAUUGGGACACCAUAAAGGGGAGAGAAUGAAGCAUGUUGCCUCCAUGUGGUCUCCUUGAGGAACUGCUCCUCUGCUUCGCUGGAACAUAGAAGGGGGAAAUUAACGCUUUGCAAAAAGAAAAAAAAAAAGCGAACUACUUCUCUCUCGGUUUGCAUUUAUUAUGGACUCAUCCUCUUUCUUGCCUGUGAACUGAACCUGCAUAGCUGGUUGCCUCAAUGAACCUUGCACACAUGAACUUCAGCAUAUAAUAAAUCUAUGAAAUCUAUGUAAUAAAAGGAUGAGCAACAUCCUGGUGGUCAUGGUUACAAUAACUACAAAAACUGCUUGUUAAUGGCACAAUGUGGCAUAUAGGCAAGGUGUUUGGGAUGUGGCAAAGAUUACAGUAUUUAUUCUAGAAUAGUUAACAAAUAUGAAAUUUAUUUUGACAUUUUGAGAUAUUGUUUUUGUUUGAAGAUGUUACAUGUACAUAAAAUGUUAAGGCAUACCUUGUAACAUAAGCAAAACCAUGAAGAAGCCUCUCUUGCAUAUGAGAACUUCACUGUACUGUAUGGCUAAGAUAUAAAUAAGAUGUAUAUAGAGUUAUUUUGUCUCUCCUCUGCAGUGUCACUGCAUCAGUUGCAGUGUUUGAAUCUGCUCUUCAUCCCAUCCCUGUCCUCCAGCCUGAUUUUACACUGUCGCAGAAUCCACUUCUGUCUCCUGAUGGAUACUUCAUAGAGCUUUUUUUGAGGAACAAGAUUUAAUUUGUUUUAAUUUUGCAAAGUGUAGUCAGAUUAUGGAAUCUGUAUUAAUAAUGGCACAUAUUUAAAGUGUGGGCUUCUGUUUUGAGACAUAAGUAAUGAGCUUAAGCAUUGUCUAAUGACCUGACCUUGAGUCAUUGUCUCUGACCAGGUGGCUCAGCUCUCACAGUUCAUGGCUGUCGCCUCCGUGCAUUGUUGUUCUCGUUCUUUUUCAUCUGGAAAACAAGCCAUCGCAGGGAUCAGCAGAAAUGUUGGCCAGGUUCCAGUUGAAUCACUGUCUUGUCCUCUGUGCACAGUUGUUGACUUGCAGCUCAAACACCCUCUAGAUUUUAAUCAAAGGAAAUUUCAGUAGAUCACAACUACCUGUGCUUUUGCCAAAAACUCUGUUACGCAUAUUGGAACAAAACAUUAAUAAGCAGCAAUUGGCUCAUGGUUUAUUUAAAGUCUGGCCUUGGACAAUGAAUCGGCUUCCUUAUGGCUUUUUCCCUCGGCUUGGUGGUAAAUACAAAUGAGGGUGACCUGACCAGCACUUAGUCAUCAUUGUAAUGUAAAUGACUAGCCAUUUAGUAACAAAAAAAAAAAACAUCCAGUAAAUGAUUUUUGUCUUACAAGACAUAUGUCUUACACCCGUUUGACUCUA